AUGAAGACGACAUUCCUCAGCACAGCAGCACUCCUGCUCUCCACCACAACCGCAGAUGUAGCACCGGCCUUUCCUCUCCCCAGCGGUCCAACCAACCUAACCAUAACCUACAACAACAACGACACCGUUGCCCCCCAAGGCGAACUCCUCCCUCGUCCCGUAACCGCACAAGCCCCCUCCCUCUCCGCCCCCCAACUCUCCCCAGCUUCAAACUCAUCCCUCUACAUCCUCCUAAUGAUCGACAUUGACGUCCCCCGAAACAACACUCGCGUCCCCUUAAUCCACUGGCUCGCCCCAAACAUCUCCCUUUCUUCAUCCUCCUCCUUCAUCAUCCCCUCCCCAAACCCCGUUCCUUACCUCCAACCCUCACCCCCCGUAGGCGACAUACCUCAUGCGUACAAUUUUGUCCUCUUCGAGCAGCCAGCAGGGUUUCAGGUGCCAGCACGCGUCUGGGUGGUUGAGGGUGCAGAAUUUGACGGGGUCUGGGGCGAGGCCGAGUCAGACGGGGUAUACGGGACCGGAGAGCAAUGGGGGAGGAAGGAGAGUGGUCGUGGGGUGUAUGGGGUUUUUGGGUGCAUUGGCGGUUGCGGUUGGGAUGGUGUAGAUGAAUAG